CAGAAUCGUCUCUUGUUGAGUCAUCGUUCGUCACACCAUGUGGAGAAGAAUCGUCUCCUCCGGUCUCAAAACCCUAGCCUCUGAUGUCGCCGCCGCUUCUCAUCCUCGUCGAUCGAUAACCGCCACCGCGAAACCUAUUGGUUUCUAUUUCGCUGCCAAUCGAUCAGCCAUUUCUGCUUCUUCUUCUGCUUCUUCCGUCAUCCCUCGCCAUUUCAGCUCCGAAUCAGUAGGGACCCCUGCGAAGAAGGUAGAGGAUGUAAUGCCCAUUGCUACUGGUCAUGAGAAGGAAGAGCUUGAAGCUGAACUCGAGGGGAGGAGGCUGCUUGACAUUGACUUCCCUGAAGGUCCUUUUGGAACCAAGGAAGCUCCUGCUAUUGUAAAGUCCUAUUAUGACAAGCGGAUUGUGGGAUGCCCUGGUGGCGAAGGAGAGGAUGAACACGACGUUGUGUGGUUUUGGCUGGAGAAAGGAAAGUCCUUUGAAUGCCCUGUUUGCACUCAGUACUUUGAGCUUGAAGUGGUUGGUCCUGGUGGACCUCCCGAUGGUCACGGUGAUGAAGACCAUGACCACCACCACUGACUCUGGCCAACAUAACAUUUCGGUAUCGGAAGUUGUCAAGAUGCCAAAACUCUCACGACCGUUGUUUACUUUUGUAAGAGCUCUUGAAUCAGAAUAACUCUUGCCUUUUUGGUUAUUAUAUAUUCACCUUUUU